UACCUGAUCUUAGGGGGAAAGCUUUCAGUCUUUCUCCACUGAGUAUGAUAUUUGCUGUGGUUUUUCAUAAAUGCCCUUCAUCGCAUUGCUUAUCAUGUGAUAUUCCUAGUUUUCUGGGUGUUUUUAUCAUGAAAGGAUAUUGCAUUUUGUCAAAUGCCUUUUCUGUGCCAAAUGAGAUGAUUGUUUGGUGUUUUUCCUUCAUUCCAUUAAUAUGAUGUAUUACUUGACUUUCUUAUGUUGAACUACCCUUGCAUUCCUGGAAUAAGUCCCACUUGGUCAUGGUGUAUAAUCCUUUUAAUAUACUAUGGGGGCCACCGCCAUGUCUUCCGGGGCCAGCGUGAACACUCUGCAGCACCUGAUGGAGCAGCUCAAGCUGGAGGCCGGUGUGGAGAGGAUCAAGAUCUCUCAGACAGCUGCAGAGCUUCAACAGUACUGUGUGCAGAAUGCCUGCAAGGACGGCCUGCUGGUUGGGGUGCCAGCCGGGAGCAAUCCCUUCCGGGAGCCCAGAUCCUGCGCUUUACUCUGAAGAUUGGGAAAAAGUUCAUUGAGGAAUGUCUUCAAGUACAAAGUGAUGAACGACCAUCUCCAUGUUUCAAGAAAACUUUUCUCUAGCCAAACAACUUUUAGAUAUUUCAGACCUUUCCUGUGGCCUGGUCCUAUAGCCAAAAUUCUACAGAAAUUGAUGCGUUUCUACUCAAAUAAGGAACUUGGGUGAAAGAAUGGAUCUUUUAAAUAUUAAUGACUUGGUUCUUCUGGUGAAGUGCUUUAUACUUAAACACAAAUCCUACCACCAAAUAUACCAAAAUACAUCUCUUUCAUAAGUGAAUUACCAGUGUUUCUAUACCUGGAAUACCAUGUGUAUUUUAUUUACUGGAUGUUUACAUUUUAGGAAGGAAAACAUUUUUGUUUUUUAAAAAUUGAAUAUUUAUAAUUUGUUGUUCCUAAGAUUUUUAUACUGUAACAAAAUUUGUUCUUAUCUCAUGAAUUUAGUUUCUAUAUGAAGAUAACCAACUAUAAAAUUGAGGGGAAGAAGAGGCUUUACUAAUCACAUGAUGUCUUGAUUUUUCUAAAAAAGAAGACCUUUUUAUUUUUAAACACUAAACAUGGGAGCUGUUUCUAGCAAACUUUAUGUAGGAGGUUCCCCAUCCUGCGUAUGAAGCAGAUUUGAUCUUUGUCUUCUUAAGUUCCUCUAUUUUAUGAUUGUGCUUUAACAAAUACUACAUUAUUUCAUGUCUUUAAUAAAUGUUAAAAAUGUAAUCUACAUUCAAAUGGUUAAAAACAAAGUAAUGUAAAAAUAUUAUAGCCUCAAAGAAUUCUUAAUGUCACAGUGUUUUAUUUUGAUGAUGUGCCUUCAGUUUGAU